AUGGGAUUACUGUCUGUUUUCCUCAACAAAGCGCCACAUCAGUCGACAAUUUCCCGUUGGUAUGGAGAAUUCAAACAUGGACGGGUGAGUCUUAGCGACGAUCCCAGGGUGGGUGCACCAAAAACGGCAGUCACCCAGGAAAACGUCGAUGCUGUGCGCAAACUCAUCAUUGAAGAUAGACAUAUCUCAAAGACCUCAAUUCAAAAAAUUUUACAUGAUGAAUUAGGAGUAAGAAAAUUAGUUUCUCGUUGGAUACCCCACCUAUUGACUGAAGAGCAGAAAGCAGCCAGGUCGGCUGUUUGGGUGUUCCAAGGUGAAGAAAAGCCAACAAAAGCGGUCGCGACAUUUGUGCCAAAAGCGGGUCAUAUUGCAACAAUUCCUCUUAAUGAGCAAAGAACUGUUACUGCGGAUUGGUAUACCACCAUUUGUUUGCCAAAAGUCAUCAUCGAUCCUCGAAAAAUCAACCCCGAAAGAAGAAUCAUCCUCCACCAAAACAAUGCAAGCUCGCAUACAGCCCAAAAAACAAGGCAGUAUUUAACGGAAGAAAACGUGGAAUUAUUGGACCAUCCUCGAUAUAGUCCCGAUCUAAGUCCUAACGAUUUCUUUACUUUCCCGAAAAUUAAAAACAGACUGCGUGGUCAAAGGUUCCAGUCACCAGAAGAAGCAGUUGACGCAUUCAAAAAUGCCGUUUUGGAUCUGCCAGCAAACGAGUGGAAUAAGUGCUUCGAAAAUUGGUUCGAGCGCAUGCAGAUGUAUAUUGAUCUUCGUGGAGAAUACUUCGAAAAACAAUAA